AGACAGCCGCAAAGGAUUCUGGGAGGCCCUUGGCUCCAGUUUCCCCCAGCCAAGAUGUCUGACAUGGAGGAUGACUUCAUGUGCGAUGAUGAGGAAGAUUAUGAUCUGGAAUAUUCGGAAGAUAGCAACUCUGAGCCCAACGUUGAUUUGGAAAACCAGUACUAUAAUUCAAAGGCUCUAAAGGAAGAUGAUCCUAAAGCAGCACUUAGCAGUUUCCAGAAGGUUUUGGAACUGGAAGGUGAAAAGGGAGAAUGGGGAUUCAAAGCACUUAAACAGAUGAUCAAAAUUAAUUUCAAAUUGGGUAAUUAUCCUGAAAUGAUGAAACGAUAUAAACAACUGCUGACCUACAUACGAAGCGCAGUUACAAGGAAUUAUUCAGAAAAAUCAAUCAACUCUAUCCUUGACUAUAUCUCCACUUCAAAACAGAUGGACCUCUUGCAGGAGUUUUAUGAAACAACACUAGAGGCUCUGAAGGAUGCCAAGAACGACAGGUUAUGGUUUAAAACCAACACAAAGCUCGGCAAACUAUAUUUGGAACGGGAAGAAUUUGGGAAAUUGCAGAAAAUAUUGCGCCAGCUGCAUCAGUCGUGUCAGACUGAUGAUGGAGAGGAUGAUCUGAAGAAGGGUACACAACUAUUGGAAAUCUAUGCUUUAGAAAUUCAGAUGUACACAGCACAGAAAAACAACAAAAAGCUCAAAGCAUUAUACGAACAGUCAUUGCACAUCAAAUCUGCAAUUCCUCACCCUCUUAUUAUGGGCGUCAUUCGAGAAUGCGGAGGAAAAAUGCACUUAAGAGAAGGCGAGUUUGAAAAGGCUCACACAGAUUUCUUUGAAGCAUUUAAAAACUAUGAUGAAUCUGGGAGUCCUAGGAGGACAACUUGCUUAAAAUAUCUGGUCUUGGCAAAUAUGCUCAUGAAGUCUGGGAUCAAUCCAUUUGACUCUCAAGAGGCCAAACCCUACAAAAAUGAUCCAGAAAUUCUAGCAAUGACCAAUUUAGUAAGUGCCUAUCAGAAUAAUGACAUCACCGAGUUUGAGAAGAUUCUGAAAACAAACCACAGCAACAUAAUGGAUGAUCCCUUUAUAAGGGAACACAUUGAAGAACUUUUGAGAAACAUCAGAACUCAAGUGCUUAUAAAAUUAAUUAAGCCUUAUACAAGAAUACAUAUUCCUUUCAUUUCAAAGGAGCUUAACAUAGAUGUAGCUGAUGUUGAGAGUUUGCUGGUGCAGUGCAUCCUGGAUAACACUAUUCAUGGGCGAAUCGAUCAAGUAAACCAGCUCCUGGAAUUGGAUCAUCAGAAGCGAGGUGGAGCCCGGUACACCGCUCUAGAUAAAUGGACCAACCAACUGAAUUCUCUCAACCAGGCUGUAGUCAGCAAGCUUGCUUAACCGAGAUCGAGCAUUUACAAAUUAGACACAAGUACUUAAAGCAACAGUGCAGUGAUGUAACUUUUAAAAAGAACUGGGAAUGGCAUAACUACUUGUUGGAGUGCCCCAAAAAAAAGGUUUUGGCAGAACCGCUUUCUGAUCAGCUGGUUUUUGUUUCGCUGCUGCAUACAUCCCAAGAAAAAAAAAAUAAACAGCUUUAACUUCCAGAUGAUAACCAAAAUGUUAUGGGAUACAUGCUGUGUCAUCAGGCCCUGUACAUGAGACAUCCUAGUAAAUUUGCCAGGGGCAAAUAGUGACCUGAGAGAGAAGGUUUUUUUGUUUUUUUUUGUCCUGAUUUUAAAUAUACACUGACAUGUUACUGUUGGAUUCAUUUAAACCUGUUUUACCUGCAGAAAAUGUCUCACGAAUUAACCUGCAAUAACUUGAAAAGCGUAUCCUUUUGAACACUUUCUUUUCUCAUAUAUGAACUGAUCCAUUUGCUGCAUUUUGCAAAAUGCCCAACCCCUCCUCCUGAAAAUGUGUCCAUAUAAAUAUAUAUAUAUAAAUCUAUAUAUUUCUGUACCUGCAGUGUAGUAAACAUUUAGGAUACAGCCCGUACUUGGUGGCAAAUACUGUCACUUAGAUUUCAAGCAGCAAAAUAAACAGUGCAGCUCAGACAUUACAGCUUGCUUUCCUGUGUGUGUUUUUGCAUUGGAAAUGGAUAUUUAAUAGUGGUUCUAGUUGGCAAUUGGCUCAAUUUCUGGCAAUAAUGACAUUUAAAAAAAAAACAAAGUUAUUUUCUUUUGUUUUAGUUAGGUUAUCAGAUCUUUCGUAGUCCUAAUACUUGGAUGUAAUUAGCUAGUUUGGGAAUUAUAGAGAAUUGGCAGAGGCAAUUGCAAAAUCGCCACAAACUCUCUGACCAGCUUGCAAUACCAGGCCUCCAUAUCUUUGAAAGCUGCAGUGAAUUAUUUUGGGGUAUUUACUUUUUCAUCAGAUGUGUAUAUGUAACACCACUGUAAGGCAGAUCCUUGGAGCAUGCUGCACCCUAACUCAAAAUAGGACACCACUGUUAGUAAGGCUUGUUGCUAUGCAUGUCCUUUCCUUUGUUAUUGGAGAGGAAUAUGCUCAAAGAUCAUUAGCACCAUACAAACACCGUGAUGGACAUGAAAUCGCCAUACAUUUGGUUUUAUAGUCAAUAUUUUGGAACUAAAUGUCCACGUGGACUUGAUAUUCUCAAGUACAAAUGGUGGGGUAAAAAUGGAAAAAUAGACACCAACGACCCUUCUCUUCAUCAAGAAUAAGAUUAAAUGAGAAGUCUGCAUUGCUGUUUGCCGAAUGUAUUUUUUUAUUAUUAUUAUUAUUCACUCUGGGAGAUGCAGCUGCUUUGAUUUGCAUUUGUGUGAUACUAGCAUACAUAUGGUUUUUGUUUACCAUGCCGGGGGUUGCAUUUUGGCUCCCAUUGCUAACUGGUACAGAUGAACAGGAUGUCAUUACACUGCAUAUUCCAAAUAAAGGGUUGUCGAUGUCUA